UAUUGGGGAAGUGGGACAGCACAUACUAAGGGGGAUCUUUUCUCUUUUUGGGGGGUCACCACCUCAGGCGAGACCCGGGCAAGCGUAGAGGUGAGCGCUGGAGGCAGCUUAGCAAGAGGAGGAGGAGGAGAAGGAGGCGGCGGCGGCGCGGACGUCACUUUCCCCGGCCGCAUGUUUACGUGGAGAUGAAGAUGGCGGCGCCGGUGGGUCCGCCACGGAGUCUCCGGGCCGCGUAAGAGCGCGCGAGAGUGGCAGCCCGCCGUCUCUCCCCGCGUCUCGGGGCGGUCGGCUGUCCCUUUGCACCCCGGCGCUCGCUAACGGUGUGGUCUUUCUGCGCAGGGUCCAUGGAGGACGAGGAGAGGCAGAAGAAGCUGGAGGCCGGCAAAGCCAAGCUUGCUCAAUUUAGACAAAGGAAAGCACAGUCGGAUGGACAGAAUGCAACCAAGAAGCAGAAGAAAAAGAAAAAAGUCUCAAACACCAAAGAUGAAGAAUUGGUACAAGAAAGUCUAGAUAUUGAUUCGUCACAAAUUGAGGAUUCGUAUGCACACAGCUGUGAAAGAGGAGCAGCUGCUACACCUGAGUUUGCUAUAGUCAGGACGUUACACAGUGGUGAAAUGAUCAAACAUGAUCAAACAUAUACCGCAGAAUUGGAGACUGAAAUUUCCACUACAGCUGAUGAUUAUAGCUCAGAGGUAAAUGGUUGCGGUUUUUUGACGAGAACAGAGGUACCUGCAGACUUUAUCAGGGAAGAAGAAUUUGGAUUUGGAGAGAAUUCUGAGCUUGGGAUGCAGCAUUCUCUGACACGGCUGGAGAUGAUGGAGAGUGAAUUGGCUGGAAAACAACAAGAGGUUGAAGAGCUAAGCAGAGAGCUAGAAGAAAUGAGGGCAGCAUAUGGUACAGAAGGAUUGCAACAGCUACAGGAAUUCGAGGCUGCUAUCAAAAAAAGAGACGACAUUAUCACACAACUCACUUCUAAUCUUCAACAAUCACGGAAAGAGAAAGAUGAAACCAUGAGGGAGUUUUUGGACUUGACUGAACAGAGUCAGAAACUGCAGAUUCAGUUUCAACAUUUGCAGGCAAGUGAAGCCCUAAGGAAUACUAGUCAUAGCAGCACAGCUGCUGACUUGCUGCAGACCAAACAACAGAUCCUUGCGUAUCAACAGCAGCUUGAAGAACAAGAGCAGCUAUUGAGGAGUUACCAGAUGAAGAAUGAAGACUUUGAAAUGCAAGUUUCCUUUCUGCAGCAGAGAAUAGCUGGCUUUGAAAUGGAAAGGAAGCACAUAGCUGAAGAAGAUUCUGUUAAGAAGAAACUGCAAGAAAAAGAAAUAAUUAUUGAAAAAUUAGAAGCAAAAAUAAGAGAAGAAGAAGAAAACGUAGUGGGUCUUCAGAAGAAAGUAUCAGCUGCUGAGAAAUCUACUGAGGAAUUAAAAGCAGAGAUUUUACAAAAGAAUACAGAGGUUCAGCAUAUGAGAACAGAACUAACAAGUUCAAAGCAAAAAGAAAAACAGUGUUCUGGUGAAAUAAAACAAUUAAUGGGAACUGUGGAAGAACUGCAAAAGCGUUGUCAUAAAGAUAAUCAGCAUGAGAAGGACAUUAUGCAAAGAAUGGAACACGAAGCUCAGAGACGGCUUGCAGAGCUGCGGGCAGAACUGGAAGAAGUACACGGUCAGCAGAUAGUACACAUGAAGCAAGAGUUGGUAAGAGAACAUACAAAAGAGAUUGAAAAGCUUCUUGCCCAACAAAAAGCAGAUCUGGAAAGGACUUUGAAUUUAAGUUCUGGUAAUACUAAUGACGACCAAAUACACUUAAUGAACAUUGCAAUUAAUGAAUUGAAUCUGAUGCUGCAAGACGCUAACUACCAGAGAGAAAAGACAAGGCAGGAUUUGUCACAACAGCUUGAAGAAAUGACCUCAGAAAAGUCUUCUCUGAAAAGUCAAAUUGAAGAUCUUUGUCAAGACCUAAGCCUUGCAAGAGAACAGAUUCAGAGAGCCCAGAAGACUAUAAAGGAAAAGGAAACCAAGUUACACCAAUCUGAAGGGUUACUGAACUCUGUCGAAGAUCUAAAAGCAGAACUUGCUUCUGCGGCGGAGGUCCAGAAAGAACUAGAAUUAAAACAUGAGGCAGAAAUUACAAAUUACAAAAUAAAACUUGACAUGCUAGAAAGAGAGAAGGUUGCUGUUUUGGACAGGAUGGCUGAAUCUCAAGAGGCUGAACUAGAGAGACUAAGGACUCAGCUGUUGUUUAGCCACGAGGAAGAACUGUCGAAACUUAGAGAUGAUUUACAGCAAGAGCACCGAAUAAACACUGAAAAUCUUAAAGAUCAUUUACGUACGCAACAUAAACAGCAGCUAGAUGGGUUGCAAAAUGAAAUGACUAAGAAGAUUGAAGCUGUGAAGUCUGAAAAUGACGAUUUAAUAGUAAAACAGAAUCAGCUCAUUUUAGAAAUAUCAAAGCUAGAAGAUUUGCAGCAAGCCAUGGUCAAUUCGAAAUCUGAAGAAAUGAUGCUCCAGAUCCAUGAACUCCAGAAAGAGAUAGAAAUUCUUAGACAAGAAGAAAAAGAAAAAGGUGCUCUGGAACAGGAAGUUCAGGAAUUGCAACUCAAAAUGGAGAUAUUGGAAAAGCAGAUGAAGGAAAGAGAGGAUAGUCUUCAAGAAAAAUGUACCUUGCUUGAAAUGCAAAAUACAAUUCUUGAAGAUGAAAAUAAUGCCCUGCAAGAGAAAUUUAAAAAAUAUGCUGUGAUGAAUACAGAAGAAAGUUUUAUCAUUGAUAGUAUUAGUCCAAAUCCACAGGACUUUGAUUUGCAAAAGAGAAUAGAAGACCUGGUAGCAGAAAAUGAGAAGCUUGUAGAACAAGGAAUUUUACUCAAAGAAGAGAUUGAAGAGCAAAAGAAUUCUCUUUCAUUUGCUGAGAAAAACUUUGACCAUAAGUAUCAGGAACUUGGGGAAGAAUAUGUUUCUCUACUAAGAGUAAAAUCUGAUUUAGAAAAAAGCAAGAAUGAGCAAGAGGUUGAAUACAAAUCCAGACUCCAAGCACUGACAGAAGAGAUUGAGCACUUACAGAGAGAUAAGCCAGAUAUGCAAAGCUCAGUCCUUCACGGUAAGAGAGAGAAAAUGUUAAGAUCAGAGACGUUUGAUAUUGAGGAGAUUGUAGAAAAAGAUACCACAGAACUUAUGGAAAAACUUGAGGUAACUCAACGUGAGAAGCAAGAGCUUUCAUUGAAACUUUCAGAUCUCUCUGAAGAAUUAAUGUUGAAGGACAAUGAAAUCUGUCAAUUAAGUGAAGAAAUUAAAUCUCUAAGGCAAGAUAAAGAUUUCAUUUCAGCACAGUGUAAAGAACUGGAACUCAUUCUUAGCCAUAGACAGGGAGUGAAUAUGAAAAUUUGUGAACCUAAGCCAUACUCCACUGAGGGGACACAGGUGGACGUUACCACACUCACUAAACCUGUUAGUUUAAAAUCUGUUUCAUGUAAAGAAUAUGGCAAUACAAUCGCAGAAAGAGAAGAAAAACUGGCACCAAGCAAAAGCGUAGUUCUUCAUAUUCCAGUGGAAGACGCAAUUCAGCAGAAGCUGAAUCCAGAGCCACUAUCAUUAGUGGAUGAUUUACACCAAAUGAGCGCCGGAUUAGCAGCAGUCCCUUCACAUGUGAGCCUUGUGCAAACAGAAAACAAGCUUCAGGACCAACUAGAUAUGCUAAAAUCUGAAAAGAGUGAUUUAAAGCUGCAGAUGGAGGCCCAACGCAUUUGUCUGUCUCUAGUUUAUUCUGCUCACAUGGACCAAGUGCGUGAAUACAUGGAGAAUGAAAAGCAAGACGCACUAUCUGCUCUUAAGGAGGAGCUCCAGGUUCACCAUGCACAAGAGCUGUAUGAGCUUCAGAAAAACCAGCAGGAUGAAGAAGACCAAUCUGUAUCUGUGCAUCUAGAAGGGCUUAGCAAGAAAAUAGCUGAAGAAUGUUCCAAGAUUAAUCAGUUCCUAUGCAGCAUUCUUCACGAAAAACCUUCCAUUGAUCUUGAAGAUAAUGCUGGGGAGAGAGAGAAAUCUAGUACUGUAUUAAUAUCUAUAGCUGAAGCACAAGCUUUGGAGGGAAUGCUGCAAACUAUCCUGAGCCAGAUAUUGGAGGAAUACCAUAAAUUACUUGAAUAUCAUACACAGUUUCUAAAAAACAUAACAAAGGGUGAAGAGUUAAAGCUGUCAUGUGCGGACCAUAAUGGAAAAGAAAUUGGCAAUCUCCAACAAAGUUUACAUACUCCAUCUCAGGAUCCUGUUGAUCACAAAGUUAGGCCAUCUCACUGGGAAGAUAUGGAGAAGCUUAAAUCUCAGCUUGAAGAACAGCAUGCGAAAGAAGUUGAAUGUCUCAGAUCCUAUUACCAGCGACAGUUGGAAGAAACUGAGGAAAGAUGUACUACAGAGAUAACUCAUUUGCAGAGUAGACUGCAAGAUACCAGUAUCCCCGCUGAAUGUUUCAGUAUUUCCAAGGAAUUGCAAGUCAACGAAACACUACAUGAAGGAAAGCAUGCAGAAAGUAGUCUCCAGCAAUUUGGUGGGCAGACAGCAGAGCUCUCUAAUGAAGUUGGCAUGAUUGAAUCCUUGGAAAAACAGUACCAAGAAAAAUUAUUAGAAGAAGUAGCAAAGGUUGUUGUAACCAUGAGUGUACAGUUUGCACAAAAAAAUGAACUUGAAAGAAUUGCCAAUCUAAAAGGAGAAGAGAUGUUGAUGGAAAAUAAUUUGAGAAGUGGACAGGAAGAGUUAGAUAACCCUGAAGAGUUAGAUAGGCAUAGAGAUGAGAGAAGAGGCUCCAAGAGCGACACAACUAAAUCACUUAGCAUGGAGAUCAGUGAAGAGUGCAGUGAAAGAUCAUCCACUGAUGGACAGUUUCAGCCAAAUGUUAACUCUGCUGUGGUGCCAGGACUAUGUGAACUUGAUUCAAGGUCCCAAACAGAUUUCUCUUCAAGUGACAAAGAACUUAUACAAAAGACGUCCCAGAUGACCAAUGAAGACGCAGUCUCCAGCACAGUAUCUUCUAAGCAAAUAUUAUUGUAUGAAGAGCGCUUGGAAGAUAUGCGUCAAGAGCUAGUCCGACAGUAUCAAGAACAUCAGCAGGCAACAGAACUGUUGAAGCAGGGUCACAUGCAGCAAAUGGAAUGGCAGAAAGAAAAUCAAGAACUUCUUCAAGCAGAGUUUGAUCGACUUAAGGUUCAAUUAGCAGAGAAUAUAGUAUUGGAUAAUAACCACAUCAUCACAGAAAGAGAACAAAUGCUUUUAGAGGAACUAGAAUCACUAAAGAAGCAGUUAACAUCUGAGAAUGAAAAGCUGUCUUCUGAGCUAAAAAAUAGUAGCACUCAAACACAGAGGGAAAAUACAACUGAAACCGAAUCUAACAAGAUCAUUUUAGAAGGUGAAGAUGGAGGAGGAAACUACAACGAAGCUUCUUCAGACAUCUUUUCAAAAGAAAGACAUGGCUUGCAGAAGGCUAACAAUAGACUCUUGAAGAUUCUGUUGGAAGUUGUGAAGACCAUUGUUGCUGUAGAAGAAACCAUUGGUUUCCAUGUUGUGGGUCUGCUGGAUCGGUCAUCAAAAUAUCAGUUGUCUUGUAAAAGUCUUUCAUGGGAAGCUAAAACAGAGGACUUGAAAAAACCAAGUAUCCGUGUAGGGUAUGAAGCAGAAAAGUCAUUUUCAUCAUAUGGCAGUAAUCUGGACAGUGAUGUCAGUAAUGUAUGGUCAGAAGUAACUGAUGAAAACCUUGUCCUCUCCCAGUACCUUGCAGAGCAUGGCUUUGCAGGUGUGGAAAUAGACUCUGAAAAUCAAGAGCUAGUUUUAAAUAUCAACUUUCGUCUUCAGGCAGCAGUUGAGAAACUUCUGGAAGCAAUCAAUGAAACUACCAAUCAGCUUGAACAUGCCAAAGCUACUCAGACAGAACUGAUGCGAGAGUCCUUUAAACGAGAAGAAGAAACCACUGAAUUGCUCAAAGGUCAAGAGGAUUUACAAGAACGACUGGAUGAAGAGGUUAAAGCUAGACAGCAGUUGGCACUGGAGCUUGGCAGAGCAGAGAGUCUUAUUGAUGGUUAUGCAGAUGAAAAAUCACUUCUGGAAAAGCAAAUCCAGGAAAAAAUAGAUGUAAUUGAACAUCUUGAGCAAGACCUCCUUUGUACAGGUAACAAAUUACAGGAACUAGAGGCUGAGAGGCAGCAGCUUCAGGAAGAAAAGGAGUUACUCUUCAGACAAAAGGAUGCUAUGAAAGCCAACGCAGGACCAGUAGAAAAACGCCUAGUAGAUGCUGCAGUCGAUGCAGCUUCCCAAGCAGAGUUGCUGGCGGAGACAGAAAAACUUAUGAAGGAAAAAAUAGAAGUACAGCGGCAAGCUGAAAAAGAACAUGACUACCUUCAAAAGCAGGUCAAGGCACUGGAGACUGAUAUAGAGGAGCAGGUCAACCGGUUUUUGGAACUAGAGCAAGAAAAGAAUGCAGAAUUAAUGGAUCUAAGGCAACAGAACCAAGCUUUGGAGAAACAACUCGAGAAAACUAGGAAGUUUCUAGAUGAACAGGCAAUCGAUAGGGAGCAUGAGCGGGAUGUAUUCCAGCAGGAGAUACAAAAACUAGAACACCAGCUUAAGAUCCCCCAAAGAUUUCAGCCCGUCAAUGAACACCAAAACCAAGAGGUCGAGCAGUUAACAAAUCACCUCAGAGAAAAGACAGACAAAUGCAGCGAGCUUUUGCUCUCUAAGGAGCAGCUUCAGAGAGAUGUGCAAGAACGGAAUGAAGAAAUUGAGAAAUUAGAGUGCAGAAUCAGAGAAUUGGAACAAGCCCUAAUGAUCAGUGCAGACAGUUUGCAAAAGGUGGAGCAAAGGAAACAGUUUGGUACUGCAGUGAGGAGAGAAUUGCCUCUAGAAGCUCAGUUACAGGCGGAACAAGAAGCUGUAGACAGGAAGGAAAAAGAGAUAAUAAAUCUUGAAGAACAGUUAGAACAGUUCCGUGAGGAACUGGAAAACAAAAAUGAAGAAGUACAACAGUUGCACAUGCAAUUAGAAAUCCAGCGAAAAGAAGCCACUACACGGCAGCAGGAACUCGAGCAAGAGAAUAAAUUAUUCAAGGAGGAAAUGGAAAAAAUGGGAUUAGCUGUCCAGAAUCCUGAAGAUGCUUCUAUAGAGGAUCGUCAGCCAGUUACAGGAAAAUUUGUUCACAUCAUACAAGAAAAGGAACAGGAAAUAAACGAACUCCACGAACAAAUUUCAAAGCUACACCAGCAACUUGAAUUUACAACAGAUAACAAAGUAAUUGAGGGGAAAAAUGAUCACAUAAAGGAAUUGGAGGCCCAAAUAGAAUACUUGAAGAGUGAUCAGGAGCGUAUAAAACAGAACAGUGAGCAGGAAAUAGAACAGCUGAAUGACGUUAUUGAAAAGCUGCAGCAAGAGCUGGCCAAUAUUGAGCACAAGGAACCUCUGGACCUCUCGUCGAUUCAGGAAGAUGCAGACAAUUUAAAACACCAGCUAGAUGUAGUGUUGGCAGAAAAAGAAGCUCUGCUGAAGAAGGUGGAGAGUAGUCACGUAGAGAUGUCCCAGGCAAAGAGCAAACUGGAGGAAGUAAAAUUAAAAGCAAAAAAGUUAAAAGAAGAACUGGAUACCCUGAGGGAGGCACAUAGAAGAAUGGAAGAGGAGCUUAAAAAUGUACAAAUGAGAAGCGGCAUUGUUGGACCAGGAGUAAAGAUCCAUGAAAAACCUGAAAAUCCAGAAGCUGCAAAUAAGAAAAACGCGGAAAUAUUUAAUUUUGUGGAGGAAAAUGCUAAGGAUUCCUCGAGCAACACAGACGUAAAGUUGCAGCAGCUUCAGACAGCUCUUAAGGACAAGGAUUCGGAGCUACGGCAGUGUUACAAGCAAAUUAAAGAUUUAAAUGAGCAAGCACAGGCUGAGUCAGAGACAUUUCAACAGAAGAUAGUAGAGCUGGAAGAAGCACUGGCACAGAAAGCUGCUGUAGCACUUGUUAGUGAAAUCCAGCUGAACGCAGUUCUAGAAGAGAGUAAAGCCAUCCCAGAAAUUCACAGAGGAGGCCCUGAGAAAACUAUAGAGGCUGCCCUAACAGAAAAGGUAGGCAGCCCAGUUGAAGACAAUGCAAAGCUUAGAUUAUCAGCACUCCUGGAAAAGCUCACAGAGAUGGAGGGCCAAGUGGCAAAUGCCCACACUAGCUUGCAGCUAGAAAAAGCAAAAGUGGAAAUUGCACAGAAGGAAGCGAAGGAAAAGGAAGGAAGGCUUACUGAACUACGGCAGCGUCUAGCAGAAGUAGAAGAGAAGCACAAAAGGGAGAGAACAAAGAUGGCCAGGAAAGCAAAAACUCCUCAGAGGGUCCCAGAAAAGAGUGAAAACAAAGAAAGAGGUUUAUUACCUGCUGAUCUUGAAUUAGAAAAAGUCAGAGGCGAGUCUGCUGCUGCUAAAGAAGAACUUAACAGUUCCAGAGAGAAAGUGGAGAAAUUGAAAGAGGAGUUAAUGGUUAAAGAAGCCAGUAUCAUUCAUCUUCAGGAAGAGCUUAAGCAAACGAGGGAAAAACUUUCUCAAGUUGAAAAGAAACUUGCCGUUUAUAUGCAAAAGGAAGAGAGCUCUGACAGAUUGGAGAGAGUACAUACCAAAGAAAACUGUGCUAUCAACAGAACGAACACAUCAUGUCAGACUGACAAAACAAUAUUUGUUAAUAGUUGUAACCAAACAUUGCAGCUCCAUACCAAAAAUGAAGAAAUCCAGAUUGAUUUGCAGAAUGGCCGUUCAUCAGAGGAAAUGACAGAAAUCAUUAGGGAAUUUAGUGAAAAAAUUGACCAAAUGCAAGAACUACACGCAGCUGAAAUAAUGGAUAUGGAGACCCGACAUAUUUCAGAAUCAGAAGCAUUGAAACGAGAACAGUUUCUUUUAGUACAGGAAUUAACUGAAGAAUGCAGUUCUUUGAAGGCUGUCAUAGAAACUCUGAGAGAUAAAGAGGAAAUUUCCGGUUUACCGCAAUCUGUAUCUUCUAAUGCCAGAGAUGGAGGCUCUAGUGACUCUAGUUCAGAUUGGAGCCAAGGAGUAUAUCUUGCACCAAGUCAAGGAUCUGAUAUUGUAUCAGAAGAAAUAGGAAAUGAAGAUGAAUCUUCAACAGAUUUUCUUCCAAAGAAAAUAAAGGGUUUGCUAAGAGCUGUUCAUCAUGAAGGUAUACAGGUGCUGAAUCUCACAGAAUUUCCUUACAGUGAUAGUGAUGUACCUUCUUUUAAGCAAGGGACAGAAUAUUGGUUGCAAGAACGGAAGGCAUUCUUGAGCGCAGUUUCAUCUUUGAAAGACUUAAUUGCUAAAAUGCAGAUUCAUGGGGAUCCUGAGCUUUAUGCAGGGUCUGAAACUCCUGGAGACAUCUCAGACUGGCGAUCUGAACUUCUGUUUGCUGUUCAACAAGUCUUUCAAAGAGAAAAGGACAUUCUUCUGGCAGCAUUUCAAACAGAACUGGCUGAAGGAGGCACUAGGGAUGUAACGGGACUGACUGGACAACUAGAAAAGAGGCUUCAAGAACAGGGUACUUAUCAGAGAACUGCUGUGGACUGCAUUCAGAAUGCAGACAGGAUAAGCUUGCUAAUGGAAGUCAAAUGGUUGCAUGCCCAGCUGAACAACUGGAGAACAGAUCCAAAGAGGAAAACUGAAACUGAGCCAAAAUGUCAAGAGUUGCUGGGGUGCAACAUGGGAAUGCAAAUGGAGCUGAAUAGUGCAAAGGACAAAGCCGCUGAGCUUCAGGAGCAGCUGAAUUCAGAGAGGAUGAUGGUUGCUGAAUUGAAAAAUGGUCUUGGACAAGCAAAACUAGAACUGGAAACAACACUUAAAGCCCAACACAAGCACUUAAGAGAUUUGGAAGCCAUCAGAAAUGAGCUUAAAGUGAAAACAGCGGAACUAGCCAUGCUAAAAGAUACGCUGGCGGGUGAACAGAAGAAGUCAAGAGAGCUUCAGUGGGCGCUGGAGAAGGAGAAAGCUAAUGUGGAACGCAGUGAAGGAAGAGGAAGAGAAGAGCUGGAGGAUCUGAAAUAUUCUCUUGAGAGUGAAAAACAAAAAGUGAUGGAAUUGAAUAAAUGUUUGGAGUUUGAGAAGCAGGUGAUAAAUGAUUUGGAAAAGAAACUCCAAUCCCAGGAAGCUUUGAAUGCAUCUCAGUUGUCACAAGAGCGCAGCUGUAACUCUGAGCUUCAAAUACUCCUAGAAUCAGAGCAGUUCAGAGUUCUUGAACUAAGCAGUGCUCUGGAAAGGGAAAAAGAGUUGUGUGCCCAGCUUCAAGCAGCUGAACUCAAGAGGCAGGAUGGAACCCUUAAACCAACUGAAGAUUUACUCGGGGACCUGCAAAAGCGACUGAACGAGAAGCAUGGCCGUAUAGUGGAGCUGGUUAGCGAGAUGGAGAGGUAUAAAUUGGAACUGGUGCAGCUGAAGCAACAAAUGGAAAAGGAGAGGCAGAUUCAGAGGAAGACUCUGCAAGAUGAGCAAGAAGCUAAUCUCUUGGCACAGAAAAAAGUGCACGAGCUGGAGUCCAAAGUGGAAGAUGUUGGGUGUCAGCUUGGAGAAAGCAGAAAGCAAGUUCAUCGGCUGCAGUGCGAGGAAAAGAAAUUGCAAGAAAUCAUUCAAGGGCUGCAGCAAGAAGAGCAGAGGAGAGAGACAGGGGCCAAGGUGGAAAUAGCUACACAUCAAAAUCUAAAUGAGGCAACUUGGGAUGCAUCUAAUGAGAGGACAAGAAAGUGGGUCUUCCAGCAAAAAAUGGGAGCCGGUGAAUCAAAAGAAUUGUCGUAUUCCGCUCUAAUUGGCAUGGAAGGAGGAGGAGGAGAUGUUCUCAAGGAAUCCCAGGAUCUGCAGGUUGCCAGACAGACGCUAAGAAAUGUGUCUUCCAAGGUGAAACUUCUGGCUAACAAAGCUGCCAACAGGCUGCCAUUUGAAAAAACAGAUGAUGAAGACUUUGUUAGGAUACAUAAUGAUAUUGAAGAAGUUCUGUUGCAUUUGCAAAUGUUAACUGGUUUCUCCAACCUGGAGGCAGAGUUGAAUUCAGAGCUACCACCCUUUAAUUCGUUGACUGAACGGUUACUGAAACAAAAUGCUGAACUGACUGGCUUUGUCAGUAGGCUGAGUGAGGAAAAGAACAAUUUGAGAAACGUCAUCAUGAAACUGGAAGAGGAACUUAGACGAUACCAGCACAGAGGACCCAGUGGCGAUUCGUCUUUUAGACCAUCGAUGUACAAUGGAGGGAAUGCUGAUGUGCUCGUUGCUUCGGAAAGAGAGAUCUGGAGCAGAGAGAAAGUGGUUCUGCAGCAGUCCCUGAAACAGGCGGAGGCAGAGCUGGUCAAACUGAGAGGAGAGUUAAGGAAUGAGACUUUUCUGAGAGAACUGGGAUCGGAUUCAGAAAAUGCUGCUUUGAAGAGAAUUUAUGGCCGGUAUUUAAGAGCGGAAAGCUUUCGGAAGGCUCUCAUCUAUCAGAAGAAAUAUUUGCUGCUCUUACUGGGUGGAUUUCAGGAGUGUGAAGAAGCCACCUUAUCUCUUAUCGCAAGGAUGGGUGGACAGCCUUCCUACACAGACCUGGAGGUUAUUACACACCGUCCAAAGGGUUUCACACGAUUCCGGUCAGCAGUGAGAGUGCUAAUUGCAAUUUCAAGAAUGAAGUUCCUGGUUCAUCGGUGGCAUCGAAUUACUGGUUAUAGUUCAGUAGGCACCAGCAGAGAUGGUUUUAGCCAGAGCACAGGCAAUGAGUCAUCAGGUGGUCUGGAUCUCUAUGGAGAACAGAGGCAUUCUUCUUAUCGAUCCAGAUCAGAACUGGAGUCUUUGAGAUCUCUAAGCUAUCAACACAGGUACCAUGGUGUCCAUACUGAUUUAAGUCCAGUUUCUCUGGCAUGUUCUCAGCUACAGAAUUAUGAUCCUGACAGAGCAUUAACUGAUUAUAUCAAUCGCCUGGAGGCUCUACAGAAGCGCCUUGGAACUGUACAGUCAGCACCGUCUUCAUACGCACAACUACACUCUGGUAUCAGAAGAUAAUCUUUGCAACAUCUUCAUCACCGGUAGUGACAUCAGAUAAAAUGCCUUCUGCAACUCUGUGCUCCUGCUGUGCUUCGUAUAACGUGUUUAUUGUGGGACCAACAUGAACACAGCUCAAUGAUUGUAUGCAGUUCACCUUGCAGCAACUCCACACUGACUGGAACUUAUGUACAUAGGCACUUUUUGUGGUCAUUCAAGCCCGAUCAUUAAAUUACAUGUAUAUUUGUGGAAUGCUAAUUUAAACAAUUAAAUUAUUAAGAAGUGUGUAUUUAUCAACGGGAUGAGAGGAUGAAACGUUUAUGUAUUAAGAUUGCUGGAUGCGUAGUUAUGAGUGCACAAGACUUUCUGAUGAGGCUACUUGAAGGACUUUUCAUGAUUUUAUCCUAUUUGCUACUGGCACUGCAGAGAGAAUAUCACUUGUAGAGACCUAUUUUUGUAAAGGUAGAAGUUUUGAAUUUUAUGGAUAUUUUGUCAAAAGUACUGAAAUAAAGAUUUCAUCCUUUUAA